UUAUGGCCAGCUCUGCCAUUUGAUUGGCUCGUGCCCUUGUCCUGCUGCGGAGGUAUCUCUAAUCAUAUUCAGCGUGUUUGCACAAGAAAUGUCAGCCUGAGCGGGAUAUCUUCUGCUUUCGCCAAAUUACCCCACAACAAUGUCAUGCUCAGACAGCCCGGCAGCUAACUCCUUUUUAGUAGAUUCUCUGAUCAGCGUGGGUCGUGGUGGGGACGGAACUUAUUACCCCAACAACAGCCUAUACCUGCCGCCUGCGUCUGAUCUGUCUUACGGCAUCCAGAAUUGUGGACUUUUCCCAUCUUUGAGCAAACGAAGCGAGAACAACCCUCAGAGUAUGAUCCUGACUUCUCAUCCCUAUAUGAGCGGGAUGGAAGUUUGGUCAGAUCCUCCUAGAUCUUGUCGUAUGGAGCAACCUGCAGCCCAGCAAGUAGCAGCGUGUUCCUUUCCCCAGAAUAUCAAAGAAGAAAAUGCAUAUUGCUUAUAUGAUUCUGAGAAAUGCCCCAAAAGCGCAACUGCUACAGAUCUCUCCACAUUCCCAAGACUGACAUCAGAAUCGUGCUCCAUUAGUGACAGUACUAAUAGCGGCGGGGUUCCUGUCCCCGGCUACUUCCGCCUGUCCCAAGCCUAUCCGACAUCCAAACAGACACUUUAUAGCAACACUGGGCAGGCUGGGGCCUCUUCAUUCGUGCCCCAGUCACAGAUCCGUUUCGGAACCCCCCCUUCUUCAGCUUCGACCCCGAGUGAGUUGGGGAGAAAAGGAAGUGAAGGGACAUCCCCCGGUCAUUUAACCUGCGGUUCGGAGAGGGAAGAAGCAGAGGUUCAAGCUUCUUCAGCUAAUGAGGAAACAUCUCCUGAACCUUCAGAGAACAGCAAAAACUCUCCUGUGAAGGAAACAAAAGGGGAAGUAAAAUCUGAAAAUGCGGCCAACUGGCUAACUGCAAAGAGUGGCAGGAAAAAACGAUGCCCUUACACCAAACACCAGACCCUGGAGCUGGAAAAAGAGUUUCUCUUCAAUAUGUACCUGACUCGAGAGCGUCGCCUAGAGAUUAGCCGCAGUGUCCACCUGACUGACAGGCAGGUCAAAAUCUGGUUUCAAAAUCGCAGGAUGAAACUCAAGAAAAUGAAUCGUGAGAACAGGAUCCGGGAGCUAACAGCUAACUUCAGCUUUUCAUGAUAAACAAAAACACUGGUUUACAGAUUCCAGCGGGACAUUGGGAAGUUGUGCUAUUAUUACCGAGAGACUAAAAACUUUUCCACUUACCUCUGACUUUUCAGCUUCAUGCUGGUUGUAGAUAUUUACAAUCUACGUGUUUUGUUUUUAGUUGUGGCGGUAAUCUGUUUUGUCGCUAUACUACUAAUGAUGAUGAUAAUAGUAAGGAAGCAUUGCCAUUGAUAAGCAAGGCAUGUACAACAGUUAUCAGCCUGUACGAUAAUUUUCCAGACAAUAGUGGGGAAACACAUGUCAACAAUAUUUUAAUUGUGUGUUAGUGGCCAAUUAUCAGCUAAGUGCAUCAAACCUUGUAACGUUUAAAUGCAGAUACCCAUUCUGUUAAAAUUAGUUUCAAAAAGUAAAUGCCGUAUACGGACACGUUAUUAGAACUUAAAUGUGAUUAUUCUGUAAAGUGUGUUGUUACAUAAUGAUAUCACAUGCCUUGAGAGACCGGAUGCAUCCGAGCACAUUCAAACAUGUGGAUUAUUGUUGCAAACAUAAAAAGGUAGCAAUGUCGGGUAUUGAACCCAUUACUGUCAAUUCACCUUGAAAGCAAAGCAAGCGAAGGGAAAUAUAAUUGAUAUGUUUUGUUUUGGUGGUAUGAAAAGAGGAGCUACUUAUACUACAGGACUCAGAAUAUGCUAUCAGUCCUUUGCUGCUGCACUGUGUAUGUUAAAAAGAGACCUUGUGUUUUCAUGAAAGAUGAAUAAAAACAUUUCGUCGGA